AUGAAUUUAGGUGGACCGUCUGAAUUAGAAGGGGUACAUAAUUUUCUCGAGAGGUUAUUUUCGGACCCGGAUUUAAUUCCUAUCCCGUUUCAAAAACAUUUGGCUCCGGUGAUAGCGAAACGCAGAACGCCCAGAAUUCAGGAUCAAUAUGCGAAGAUUGGCGGUGGUUCGCCAAUACUAUUUUGGACCGAAAAGCAGGGCAGCGCUUUAGAAAAAUUGUUGGAUGACAUUUGUCCUGAGACGGCGCCACAUAAGUCGUACAUAGCAUUUCGCUACGCUCCGCCACUAACAGAAGACGCUGUGGUGCAAAUGAAAAAAGAUGGCGUAAGGCGCGCGGUUGCUUUCACUCAAUACCCUCAAUAUUCUUGUUCAACCACCGGCAGUAGUCUUAACGAACUGUGCAGAAAAUUGAAAUUACUUGAUCCCGAACGAUCGAUUCGAUGGAGCGUGAUUGAUAGCACUAAAUAUCCCUACGUUUUAAAGACAUUCGCAGAACACAUUCGGAAAUCCUUGGAAACCUACUCAUCUGAGAUUCGCGACAAUGUAAUUCUCUUAUUUUCGGCGCAUUCACUUCCAAUGACGGUAGUGAAUCGUGGUGACACUUACACAUCUGAGGUAGGACCUCGAGCAUGGCAAGGUCCACAAACCAAAGAUGUGAUUUUGGAAUUUGGCAAACGGGGAGAAAAAGAUAUUCUGUUGAUCCCAAUUGCGUUCACAAGCGAUCACAUUGAGACGUUGUUUGAAUUAGAUUUGGAAUACGCUCAUGAAGCCAAGAAGGCAGGAAUUACCGGAUUAAAACGCGCAGAAUCAUUAAAUGAUGAUCCAAAAUUUAUAAAAGCAUUAGCUGACUUGGUCCAAGCACACUUGAAAUCAGGAAAAUCUGUUUCUACUCAAUUUUUACUGAGGUGCCCGAAAUGCGAAAAAGUUUCGUGUCAAAACACAAGGGAUUAUUUUUGUAAACAAAUAAAUUAA